AUGGAAGAUUUGAAUCUGAAGAAGCCACCAAAGAUCCAAGUUCUGAAUACAGAAGUCCCUGAAAUUUCCCAGCCAGUCUGCAAAAUAAGAAAACUAACGGAUAUAGCUGAAGACCCUCUUGAAGUUAUGGAUGAUGACGAGAUCCCAUAUAUGACAUCAAGAAAAUCAAGACUUCAUAACAAAACACAACUAAUUGGAAAGCACUAUAAUCCCUUAAUUUCUCCUCGAGAUUCUUUAACCCUCCCUCCGAUUGACAAGACUUUAUUGUUCUAUCAGAAGUUUUUAUUAGGUCUGCUAAAGCAUCCUGAGAUAUAUAGACAAUUUAAGGAGCAAGCUAUUAAGCAAGACAUUUUAGCAAAGAUAAACACUCCUAUAAAUACCUGCAGAAUGUCUUUUAAUUUAAAAGAGCCAAAUAGGCUGAAAAAUAUUGAAGUUCACUCUGUUAACGCUUAUAAAAAGUUGCAUGAAAGUGAUAAGAAAAAUAAUGUGCUAGAUAUGAUACUGAAGACUCCUCAAGCGAAGCAGGAUAAUGAUAAAAGUCAAAUCUCUUUGAAAAGCAUAAAGCAUAGCCGAAGAGGGUCAGCAUCAAGGGCAAGCUCCAAUUCACGACGCUCUUCAACCCGGAGAAUAAAAAUAUAUAAGUGCCAAUUGGACAAAACCAGUAAAGAGCUAUAUGAGAUUUUUUUAAAAAUAUCAAAAACACAAGAAAACUCUCAUCGAGACCAAAGAGUUACUAGUGAAGCUUUAAAGGAGUGGCUAUUGAAGCGAUAUCCUCAAGAAAUGGUUGAAGUGAUGGCAAAGGCAAUUGUCAUCGAAGGAAACCAAAAUUUUGAUUCAUGGUCUUCGAUUAUAGAAAAGUUCAUAAAUUCCAAUGACACCAAAAUAUUGAAGUUUUGCUUUGAGCUUUUUGAUUUCAAUAAAGACAAAUAUAUAUGCACUCAUGACGCCUAUUAUGCAAUUUCUUUAGAUUGCAGCAAUCUAUAUGACCAGGAUAUUGUUAGGAUAAGAGAAUCAAUGGUCAGCAAGCAAUCAAAAAAAGGUCACAACCAAAAAAUGCCUAAGACACAUAUAAGAAGGCAUAGUACUGCUUCGAGUGGGGAUGAAGAAGCUAAAAGGGUGCCUUAUAUCCAUCCAACAAAGCCUGAAGCCCUUACGGUUGAAGAUUUUUUAAAAAUAAGCUUCAUUGGAAAGCCUCAGAUUUUCCAAGAUAUCAUUUCUUAUCUGACAGGCUAUAAUAUUAAUUCUUCCUUAUUGAAGCCUGAAUCUUCAUGCCAUACACGAAGACUAAGCCAAGACAUUGUAUAUGAUAUUCGCUGCCAAGAAGAGUUGAAAGAUUCUUAUAAAUCAGACCCAAGAUAUCAAUAUUAUUUAGAUCUAGAUGAGAUGAUGCACAAAUUUGAUCUGGCAGAGAGCGAAAUGGUGCUGGAAAAAUUCGAAAUGCUGAAAUGUCCUUCAUUUCGCAAAGAAAAAAUGAUUUCUUUGAAAUCAACGAUCGAAGUGUGGCCCACAAUUUUUGGCUUUAAAUGCGAUUACGUAUCAAAGCUAUUCUAUGGGAUUCUGGCAGGUAAAAAUCGAACCGAUAUUACGAAAAUGAGCUUUUUAAAAAAAAUCAAUGAAAUUUUCAAGGGAAGUAGUGUAGAUCAAAAUAAAUUUGCUUUUGAUUUGUAUGAUAGAAAUAUGGAUGGGAUACUUACAUGUGAUGAGAUUAAUGAUAUGUAUGAGUCUCUGCCUCAAAACACUCCAAUUUAUGAUGAGUGCCAAAUGUAAGAUAUAUGCAGACUAGUUAAUGAAUUUCUUUCAAGUAUUUUUGGUAAAAGGCAUAAGCCAUUAGACAACAUAGAUUUUGCUCUCUUUUCUGAAUUAAUUCCAAAGUCAUUAUUUAUUGAUGUAAGAUUCACAUAGUUUUAAAAUUUUAUACGGCUAUAAGUGGAGACUUACUAGUAGGGCAACCUUGGCUCCAGGAGGAGCGGACUAGGCUGGGUACAUAGGCCUGAAUGCAAUGCCCUGCAUAAUAAACAAAAAUUUUACGCCUUCUGCUACCGCUGUCUUCACUCUGGGUUUCUAUUUUCUCGCCAGGAAGGUUUUUUGAGGAGGCCUCGAAAAUAGCCACUGCAAAGACGCCAAUGCCAACGUUCCGGUUCGCCCUGAUUUCGCGUUGGUCGACCAAAAAAAGUCAUGCCUUCCACUUCCCUUGAACUAGAAGUCCGCAGCUUUCCUGGCAUCUAUAGGAUAGGAUUUGCGUGAAAACUGAACCUCACAAUCAAAAUAUUGUUAAAUGAGAAGCAAUUAGCUGAGCUAGUUAUGUUUUUGACUGUAUCCCAUAUUUGAUUAUCCACUUAAUCUAGUCAGCUCCCUAGGCUAGAACCACCCUCUGUCAGAAACUUCAUAGUCUCAGUAGAUGAAGACUAUACAAGAGACAAAACCUGUCUAGUCCAUCUGUCAUGAACAAAAAAAACCUUCGGGGGAGAAAACAAAGCAAUCCUCUUCAGCAAGUCCCCAAUUCUAAACCAAGUCGCAAAGGCACUCACUGUCUGGAUAUAGGAUAGCUUCUAUCUGCUCAAUAAGGAAUGCUCCUCGGAGUCUAUUUUUCAUCAAAAAUAGCAUUUAAUGUCUGGGAUUCACAUAGAAUUCAUUGGAGCAUUAAUGACUCCUAAGACUGAGCUUCCACGAAAGUGUAUUUCUUUUCUUGAAAAAAUACCGGAAAAUCCUAACAAAAUUAUAAAUAUAUAG